AUGAACUACCCGCAAAAUAUGAAUCAGUCCUGUUCUUCGAUGAGUGCUGCAACUCAAGGCAGACGUGUGGCUUCUGCUCAUCACCAGAUGCCACUCUAUAACAAUCAGACAUCCAAUGUACCUCAAGGCAUGCAACAGUUGCCUUCUAAUCAACAUGCACAAGCAGUUCGCCCUAACCCUCGAUUGAUCUACCCGAGACAGCAAUAUCAAGGAUAUAUCCAUCCUGCACAGAUUACUAUGCAUCCCAGUUGUCAGAUGACCACUCAGCCAUAUCCGUAUCGUCCCGCUGUCUACAUGACACCUGCGCCCAGCCAAAUCGUCAGCGAAUACUCCAUGUCCGGAGGUUACCCACAGGGUUAUACACAACGUUCAGCUAAUGUCGUGAGAACUCAGAAGGAGAAGAAACAACCGUCGGUGAACUUGCAGGCAGUUCCACAGUCAAAUGAGCAUGCACCUCUUGCAUCAGCUGUUCUCGUUGAAAAUGAUGAAGAAGGUGAUGGUGUGUUUUGCUACGGUGUGACUGGAACUGAGUGGAUUUGCAUCUAUGUAAGUUAUAUCUAUGUUUUUCUUAUGUUAUAG